AUGGCUGAGAAUCCUUCAACUCCCGGCCCGGGGGGCUUCGUACAACCGACGCUUCCCUCCCCCGCGCCAAGCACCACCACCACAAACCGAUCCACAGUCGGCCUCCCCCAUCCCCGCGGCCACGCGCUCCGGCCAGGCUCCGCAAAGGAGGACAAGGUGAGGAGGUACGUCGAGGAGCGCCUCCUCCACAUCAGCCGCCGCUACGUCAAGAAGUACAGCCUCCAGGAGCCCGACGACCAGGUCGUCGGCUACCGGUCGAUGGGCGAGCUCUGCCGGGACGUGGAGGGCCUGAUCGACAUCAUCUGGCUGUCUGGAACGCCCAGCCUCCAGAUCCCCUACCUCCUCAACAUCGCCGGCGAGUUCACGACCUGGCUAACGUCCUUCCCGCCCUCCCCGCCCGGCACCUUCGCCGUCCUGCGCAAGCUUGACCACUGCUUCGCCAGCCUGCUCACGGGCGCGGACGUCGAGACGCGGGAGCCGCUGCCGGGCUUCGAGAACGGGCUGCGCGGCGGCAUGAGCCGCACCGACAUGGUCCGGUGCAAGAGCCUGGUCGAGCAGACGCGCGUCCUGGUCGUGGAGGCGAUGAGGAGGGAGCCCGGGGAGGACGAGGACGAGGACGAGGACGAGGACGAGUGGGGGCCGGGUGGCACGCUGACGGGCGAUGAGACGGACGGCGGGGGUCGCGUUGGGAUCUGGGAUGAGGACGAUGAGCGGUUGCAUAUGGACGUGGCGAGGGUUUACGAGAAUACGCUUGUGCAGCUUGGAGAGACGCUGGGCGAGGGAGGCGCUGUUGGCGAUCUUUGA